CGGAAGUUGAUCACUGACAGCGCAACCAAUCCGUAGUCGAAUUCGACGGUGCCUUUUCCGGUACAGCAGCAAACAUGGGUCGCGUAAGAACGAAGACGGUGAAGAAGGCCGCCAAAAACAUCAUCGAGAAGUAUUAUACUCGGUUGACCCUUGACUUCCAUACAAAUAAGAGGAUAUGUGAGGAGAUUGCCAUCAUUCCAAGCAAGCCUCUGAAGAAUAAAAUUGCUGGGUAUGUUACACAUCUUAUGAAGAGGCUUCGACACAGUCAAGUUCGUGGUAUCUCGAUCAAACUUCAGGAAGAGGAAAGGGAACGCAGGGAUAACUAUGUACCGGAAGUUUCUGCCCUUGACCAUGAUAUCAUUGAAGUUGAUGCCGAUACCAAGGAGAUGUUGAAGAUGCUUGACUUCAACAGCAUUUCUGGCCUUCAACUAACUCAGCCAGUUACGCAUCAGUUCAGCAGACGUAACUAAAUUUUAUUUACUUCAACUCCAAUUUGGCAUUUCUGUAAUAAAGAAACGGUCCGAUAC